UGAUGUAAGAGAAAAUUGCUCAAUUUUUAAUUAAAAAAACAUAAAUUUUAUGUUCAUGCAUGGUACUUAAAUAAUACUUGUAAAAUAAUUCUGUAACAAAAAUAAACAAGGGAAAGAUUGGGCAAUCCUGCCUAACAUAUAUAAAAUCUCCUGUCAUAUCAAAUCAUAUAUUAUACAUAUAAAAUAUGUUAGAGGUUUCAAGGUUAAUUAUGUGUUCCAAAUUAAUCUAUAAUAUAUUACUGUUAAUAUAAGUAUCACCAUAAUCAUUUAAUUUGAGGGACUGCAACAGAAAUUCAUACCCAAUAGUGACAAUGCUUUAUAAGUAAAAUGCUUUAUUAUUAUUUUUUUCAACAAGCUUUCGAAUUUCCAAAUUCUUAAAUCUAACAUAAGUAUUAUAUUAUUGUAAUAUGCCAUCCCUUUAUGAAACAUGAAAAAAAAAUAAAAAAUCAUAGCCAUGUGUAUAGAUGAAGAUACUGUUUACAAACAAAUGCUCCGCCUCACCCCUUCUGGGUUCUUUUGGUAGCCCAGAAAAGAACUGGGUAGGGCUGCACCAGCUGUGUGUAAGGUCUCACUUAAGUUGAGACAUAAAGUUCACACUAAGAGCUUAGUAUCUACUAGAUAGUUUGUAACUAAGUCAGUGCUUUAUUUGUUUGCACCACCUGUUCUUAAGGCAAGACUUAACUAGCAGGUCAUAAACUCUCCGUAAAGUAAUAUUAUUGCGUUUACCUGUAUUGAUCCAAUAAGCAGCCUUCAAAGUUGAACACAGAAGUGUUAAAAAGCUGUGCAUUUCAGUUUGAUUUUGUUACGGUUAAUGUUCACACCUUGUUUGCUCAACUGUCAGUUGUAAUAAAUUAUAUCCCCAUUAAAAUAUGAUACGUAAUAAAAACAAGAUUUCAUUAAUGGUAUAUUUAGCCUAUGUAAAUAACAAUAUUCAAUAACUGUAUCUAAAAUGAAUAAGGGACAAUAAAUUCUAAUAACCUACAACAGGCUGGAAAAAUAGACAUUUAUUCAUUUUAAUAUCUAUUUCGUAUGUUGAAACUUGGCAGAGUACACAGGAAAGUGCACCAUUAAAUCGGUUUCAUGCUGAAGUAGUACAUUUUUAACAUAAUGUUUUCUCCCGUAAAUGUAAACAAGUGUAUUCAUUUAAAUGCCAACAUCAUACUGUAUGUCGAAAGUACUGAAGCCUGUCAACCAAAACAUGAGCUCAUUGAUGUCAUUAAAUGAGUCUGCUUUUUUAUUCCAUCUGUUACUUCUGAAUGGAGGCUUCCAUAAAUAUUUAGUUUAUAAGUAGGGUUACGUCCUACCUAAGUUUAAUGGUGCAAUGCUCAAAUAGUUAGUAGUGCGUACAUUUUGACUUAGUGCCUGUUUACGCCACAACUAGGUUAAGUUGUAUCGUACAUAUAGCUGGUGCAACCGGCCCAAGAUCCCGUCUCCACCACCGCAGCACAUGGACUAAACAUGUUUGUGAAAGGAUAAAUGAAUAAAAAUAAUGUCAUACUGCUUAAAUGAUGUCUUUGCAUUUAUUUUGAAUGCAGUGUUGUUCAAUCGAAUGAUAUGGAAUAUGGUCAUAUUGAAGAAAGAAUAUUAUUGUGGGUUAAUAAUUUAAGCAGUAAAGACACAUAUUGCAUGUCUAAUGGUAGUUUUUGUUUUUAUAUAUCACAUUUCUUAGGAUUUAGAAGUGUGUUAAACAUGUGAGGAUGUGUAUUCAUCAACCUGUUACAUGUCUGACAUAACCAUCCAGGCUCACUGAACUAAGUUUAACUUGUUUUGCUGUUUAAGAAAUUUCAGAAAAGAACCCACAUAAUUUCUUCACUGUAAACCAUAGAUAAACCAUUUAUAAUAACUUUUAUUAACAUUAAAAUACAUUAUUACAUUCUAUAAAGCUUAAAAGAUGAUUAAAACUGCAGCGCUGCCGAUUUCCACCAUUGAAAUCUGCUGCUGGAAAGAACCCGGGAGCGCGGUUUCCUGCGGUAUGACGUCAGAGUAAUUUCAUCCAUAUUAACAUAAGACCGCCCACAUUAAUAGCCCGCCCAGUCCCGGUGAAACGGUAAAGCAGAAGUGUUAUUCCUCGUCAUGGAAACACCAAAAGAUACUAACAACUCAGCUGAUAAGUAUUUGUGGGGGAAAUACAUCAAACAUUGUGCCAUUCCUGGCUGUAGGAUUUCAUCUGCAACUCUGCAUGCCCUUCCAAAGGAUCCCAGCAUUAGAAACGAGUGGCUGAAGUUUCUUUAUAAGGAGGUUCCUGCUCGUUUCAGUUCGAACCUGCUGGUCUGUUCGGCACAUUUCAUCCCGGGCUGUUUUGUGAACCGCUCACAAUUUAAUGCAGGCUUCGCAAAGAGGCUGGUAUUAAAGGACGGAGUAGUUCCGACUAUAUUCCACCCGACAGAAAAGCAGCAACCCUGUCAGACGAGUCCGAAGAAUUCCACUGCAGCCACCUCUGAGCCGGCUGAGGAGAUGCCAUCCAUACAGAUCAAGCUGGAGCCAGAGGAGGUGGAGUGUGUGGUGAAAGAGGAGCCGUUAGAUGAUUGUCCCGAACCUACAGACUUCAAAAUCAAAUCCUCGCCACCUCCACUCUGUGACAUCAGCACCCAACCAGCCGAUGCCGACCAGACGGAACCUGUGGACCUGUCCCUCAACAAGCCCCGCCCUUCCCUUCCAGUCGCCACGGCAACCUCGACCUCCUUAAACCCGCCACCCCAGAACAUCAUUCCCACUGUGCUGUCACCGGGCUCCAUCCUGGCAUCCACAGGGGUUGGAGGUCAACAGAUCCUGCACGUCAUCCACACCAUACCCUCCGUGAGCAUGCCCAGUAAAGUUGGGCAGCUGCAGACCAUCCCUGUGGUGGUCCAGUCUUUACCGGUGGUCUACACGACUGUACCCACAGACGGACUGGCCACCACAGCCAUCACCGUGCCUCUCAUUGGGAGCGACGGGCGGUCGGAUGGAACAGUGCGUAUCAAGCCAUGCUCAGCCUCUCCAGUCGAGUUUCAGAGUGACAGUGAUGCAGAAAGUGGCACGGAGUCUGGAUCAGCCUCUUUUAUCACACAAGGGAUAGAUGGCAGUAUGAAUAUGGAUGUGGACAUUCAAAUUGACCCUGACUCUCCGGAAAUGAAAAGAAGGCGCGUGCACAUGUGCGAUUACGAUGGCUGCAACAAAGUCUACACCAAGAGUUCACAUCUAAAAGCCCACCGCAGGAUACACACAGGUGAAAAGCCGUACCAGUGCACUUGGGAGGGCUGCACCUGGCGCUUUGCCCGCUCGGACGAGCUGACACGGCACUUUCGUAAGCACACCGGCAUCAAGCCCUUCCGUUGCACCGACUGCGACCGCAGCUUCUCCCGCUCUGACCACCUGGCGCUUCACAGACGCCGCCACGUCAUGAUGUGAAACUCACUCUGCCGCGCCCUCCCUGGCCCUCACCUCCCUGCCUGCUCCUCAGGAGAUGCAUGCCCACCCAGAGGGUUCCAAACGCUGUUCCAAACCCCUGUCUCCGGAUAUGAACCUUUGUUGAAUAUGGAGAAGGGGUGGCACAGUCAUAAUGGUGACCCCUUUUGGUCAGAACAUGGACACGGUGUUCUGCCAUGCUUCCUGAAGCUACAAACCACCCGUCCACUAAUGACCUCCACCACCAUCUCAAUGCCUGGUCAUAUUAGCCAUUACUUAAAGGGACUAAAAGAAAGGCAAACUGCAAGCAGCACUGCUGUAAGCAAAGAGUGAUAUUUGGGGAAGAUACCCCCUCCCUCUCCCCCACCCCCCUCCUUAUUGAGAGGAUGAUUCUUUUAAAAACAAGUAUGGAAAAUGAUUGCCGCUAAAGUUGAGGAAGCUAAAGAUUUAAUAUAAGAUAACAAAAAAAGUCUAUGUACCAUAACUUUUGAUAAUUUUAACGAGAAAAGUAGGUUGGAGAAGCAUUGACAGCUGCCUUGAUUAAUUCUUACAUUUAAUCUGAACUUUUUGUUGUCCUGAAUUUGUACACACAAGCUAGUUUGUGCGUGGAUGGGAGUUGGGUGUGUUGUUGUGUCUUAUUUACCCAUCUAUUUUAACCCAUGAGUAGUAGAGGCAGGGGGCUGACAAGACUGUGAAUUUUUGUACUUUUUAUUUUCUUGAUAGUAUCUGUUGUCUGAGCAUCUUCCCCCCAAAAAUUGUUUAGCACAAAAACAGUAUUUGUGUUCUUUUUCAAAAGUAAUUUUGCUAUUGCAAAUAUUGGCAACUAACUGAAUUAACAUCAAUCAAAAGGUGUUCUUUAUCUUUUUUCUAACCUUCAAAUAUUCUUUGAAAAGGCUGUGAAAAACGUUUUAAAAAGAAAACUCACAGGGAAGGGGGGAGCUUACUAAAUUGGUGUGUGUGAGUGCGUGUCUGUGUGUAGAAGCACAGUUGUUUGCAUAUUUGUAAAGAAGACAUAAUCAGAGUUAUAAUAGGAGAGGUGUGUUGUAGGCACAUGCUGUUACUUAUAGCCCAUCAGAGCCUUAAUUGAAGUAAAUGUGCAAGUCUAAUUUGCACAACGGGUUUUCAGAGUACCUCGGGGUUCAGUGUUGGGCCCUCUUUAGUUUUGUGAGGCACCCUGAAAAUCCAUGUUUGCACCUAGAUUACAUUGACAAAACUUUUUUCAACAGUUUCAGCUCGUGCUCUGGGUUCACUUGAUUAUGCAAAAAUACCCAAAAUACGCCCACCAUCCCCCCAAAUGCUGUUGAUGUUAUUUGAUGUUGAUGUCAUGAAAUGUUGGGUGCAGUCAACACAGAUCUGUGAGGAGAGGGUAUCACGGAUGCAUUAUUUCUCCCUUCAAGCUAGCACUCAUAGCCAUUGUCAUAAUUUCAAUUGCUAUAGCAGCUGAUAAAGAGUGCUUAUUAUGCCUUUUUUAAGAAACACUGCUUGUUCGAUUCCAGCCUUUGAGAGUUAAGAGCAUGUCUGCAACAGCUGCAUGAUCUUCGGUCCGAGAGCAAUGCAAUCUUCAGAUUUUCUAUCAUUCUCUCGCUUAAAGUCUAAAAUGUUACGAAGCACAUCUUUCUAGAAGAGUAUAUGCAUUUGAUUGUGAUCCUUUUUUAAACUGUUCAUAGACAUACAGAUGAUUAAUGAAUAAUUAAAGAAUAAAUGUACAUACUGUAUAUAAUCGACGAAGUUCUGAAUAAAUGUAACAGGUGGAUUUCUAUUUUUAACAAUGACUAGACAAUGUGAAAUAUUCAUGUUUUUUCUUUUUUUUGUUGGUUUUUAAAAUGUUUUUUUUGUUGUUGUUUUUGCUUUUUUAAUCCUAUGAAUAAGCCCUCAAUGUGUUUUACACCUGUGUUGCAUGGAGAGUAGGUUUUAUUUUCCUUUGUGAAGUUGGUGAGUAUGUCAAAGUAUUGAUGCCCUGACAGACGUGGCCUACAAGCACUGAUAAUCCACAGUUUUAUUUCCAUGUGCAACCAUGGCCAUUUGUUGCACAUAAAUGGCCUGUUUCUAAUUACAAAAAGACAUUUACAAUAACUGUUAAUGAAUACCUCAUUCAAACUGUUGUAUAUAUCCCAUCAUAUCAUCCUAAAUUGGGAUUAUUCCAUUCUAAACUGACUAUAUUUCAUGGCAUUAAUUUAGGAGUAGAUCCCCCUCUUUAAAAAUAAAUAAAAAUGCACCCACGACAUAAAUGUGACAUCUGAGCAUGUUUGCUUUCAUCACUUGUAUCUGAUUUGUUUAAAAACAAAAAAGUGUGCAACCUUAUGCUCAAAUCAUGAAUAGGGCUUGGGUUUUGUGUGAGUGUAUGUGUGCAAGUGUGGUUAUCAUAAAAUUCUCUUUUAAACUUUCAGAAUCAUAGGUAUUUUAUAUUGAAUGCAGUAAAUUAUGGGCCAGUACUAUAUUACUCAGUGCAAUGCAGUUAUCAUUAUAAAAAACAAGUAAUUAAUGUUAAUUCUUUUGUAUUUGUACAGAACAAGUGUGUAAAGAUCAUUGAGGAAAAUGCAAGCUUUUUGAUACUGUGAGAAAUGGUGUUUAAAGUCAGUUUCCCCCUGUACAGUUGUGAUUACCCACUUCUUUUAUAUAAUAAAAUGUUUUUGGUGCAA